UAAUAGUGAUAUGUUGCAACCAAGCGCAUUUCUCUCACUGCUAUUUCUAUUGGCGGCGUCGGCGGCGGCGCACGGCGGAGACUACAACAGAGCAGACUUUCCGGCUGAUUUUGUUUUCGGUUCUGGAACCUCCGCUUAUCAAGUCGGUUUCACUGUUUUGGUUCGGAUGAUCCGAACUCUUCAAUCUUCAUCAUUAGUUGGCUAAUUAAUAACGAAAGUGAAUAAAAAAUAGCAUGAUAUUCGUCAACCUUUCUCCAAAAUAACUUGAAGUUCGAUAAUUGUGAUCCUAGCACGAUUUAAUAUAAAUGAUAAUUUUAUUGAAAAUUUUUGUUUCAUUUUUAGAAAAUCCUGUUUAUUAUUCAGGUAUUUGUCUGGCUCUAAAUGUUAAUUCGAUUCAAAGAAUAUGUUUGAUUAAAUUGUUUUUAUGGUGUAGGAGAGACGAGAGAACAAGGCAAUCAAUUUUCGUUUCCUUUUUUUUUGUUCCUAAACUCGCAAAAUUCUAAAUCCUAACUCCACUCUUGAAACUUUGCACGAAUGAACACAAUCGAUGAAUACUAGUACGAGGGAGCAGCAUUUGAGGAUGGAAGGACUCCCAGCAUUUGGGAUACUUAUGCUUAUUCUGGUCAUAGCGGUGGAGCCACCGGAGAUGUAGCAUGUGACGGAUAUCACAAAUACAAGGUGCAUAAACAGAAGAUAUCGGGCUAAUGUUGGACAUGCAUUUGGAGGCCUUCAGAUUGUCGAUAUCAUGGUCAAGGCUUAUUCCUAACGGAAGAGGACCUAUCAACCCCAAGGGGCUAGAAUACUACAAUAAUCUCAUUGAUGAACUUAUAAGCCAUGGAAUCCAACCGCAUGUUACAUUACAUCAUAUGGAUUUACCGCAGGCACUCGACGACGAGUAUGGGGGAUGGCUUAGUCUAAAAAUUGUGAAGGACUUUGUGGUGUACGCAGACACAUGCUUUAGGGAAUUCGGUGACAGAGUUUUGUACUGGACAACCAUUAACGAGGCCAAUAUAUUUUCUGUGGGAGGUUACGAUGAAGGAAGCUCUCCCCCAGGACACUGUUCACUACCUGUCCAAAAUAAUUGUUCCAAGGGUAACUCCUCAAUUGAGCCGUACAUCGUGGGACAUAAUAUCUUACUUGCACAUUCAGCUGCUGUGAAACUGUACAAGAAGAAAUACAAGUCCACUCAAAAUGGUUUCGUGGGAUUUAACAUCUAUAGUUUUUGGUUUGUUCCUUAUACAAAUUCAACAGAAGAUGUGAUUGCAACUCAAAGAGCUAAAGAUUUUUACAUUGGUUGGUUAGUUGAUCCCCUUAUCUAUGGAGACUAUCCUGAGAGUGUAAAGAAAAAUGUCGGGAAGAGACUUCCAGCCUUCACCAAAUAUGAGUCUGAGCAAAUCAAGGGAUCAAUCGACUUUAUAGGAGUGAACCACUAUACAACAUUAUACAUCAAGGACAAUCCCGGCAACCUCCAAAUCGAUAACAGGGAUUUUGAUACUGACAUAGCAAUAGAGAUUAAAUAUAGUCAGGGCAAAGAAAUACCGGAUCAGUAUCCAAUUAUGCCUCAGGGUCUUUAUGGAGUGCUCGAGUAUCUAAAACAAGCUUAUGGCGAUAUACCAGUUUAUGUCCAUGAAAAUGGCCAGGUGGCACGACGCAAUGGAACACUUUAUGACAAAUCGCGGGUGGAAUACAUGCAUGCUUACAUCGGGAGCAUGCUUGAUGCUAUAAGGAAUGGAUCAAACACGAGGGGAUAUUUCCAAUGGACCUUCUUAGAUUGUUUUGAGUUGUUGGGUGGCUAUUGGCCAUCGUUCGGUCUUUACUACGUUGAUUUGGAUGACAAAAAUCUAACGAGAUAUCCCAAACUUUCUGCACAUUGGUACUCAAAUUUCUUGAAACGGAAAAUCGCAAGCUCAAAUGCAAUUACUGAAGUUGGGUAUAAUACUAUUGUUCCACGAACAAGUUAAGUUCUCAUUUUUAUUUCAUCUACUAGAGGUCAAGCUUGAUAUCUCGCUCCUGCAUUUGUACUUGUAUCGUAUCCUCUUUAUUAUGUAAAAUGAAGACAAUAAACACAUCAAAUGGAAGACGUAUCAUAGGUAUGCACGUAUGUCCAUAUAUUGUAUUUAUAAUCAUACAUUCGUACUAGGUGAGUACAUGUUGGGCAAUGCUAUUCUCUUAAAUCUCAUAGUUUUUUCUCUA